AUGGGAAGGAAGGAGAUAAAGAAGAGCAAGAUGAUGGAGAUCGAGAGGAGGAGAGAAAGGAAUGGUGAUGGUGUUGUCCUCCGUAUGCUCUCUGCAGUCCUGACCGAAAGAAGAAGAGAAAGAGAGCGAGUUAAAGCUGGUGAAGGUGGUCGUAAUUCAGCCAUGAGAGGAGAGGGAAGGUUUACGCUACUGUCGUUCUUUCUCACUUAUGGUGUAUCGUAUGCACACAUCGACGUGCCAAACUUUCACCCGAAAUCCACUCCUGUGGUUCAGUCGGUCACAGUCGACCAGUCUGGUUCUGGGAAUUUUACCACUGUGCAGGCAGCAAUUAACUGGGUCCCCGCUAAAAACAACCAGUGGGUCCAAAUACAUGUUAAACCCGGUUCAUACAAGGAGAAAGUGACCAUACCUCAAGACAAGCAGUUCAUUUUUCUCGAAGGAGAAGGUCAAGGAGCAACGUCAAUCGAGUGGAACGAUUACGGGCACUCCGAGAACUCUUCCACCUUCACUUUAUACGCUGAUAAUUUUCUUGCAUCGCAUAUAACCUUCAAGAACACACAUGAUCUCGGUAUUUCUGGUCCUCAUAAAUUUGACGUGGCACCGGCCAUCAUGAUUUGGGGAGACAAGGCAGCGUUUUACGACUGUGGAUUUAUGAGUCUGCAGGAUACACUUGGUGACUGGAAAGGCCGUCACUUUUUCCAAUCGUGCUACAUCGAGGGUAGCGUGGAUUUCAUAUGGGGGCGGCGUUGCGUUUCCGCUGAUGGACAGGGCUGUAAGAUAACCUCCACAGCAGCCAACCUCGGCCCUGGAAGAGUUAUAGGUUUUGUUACUGCCCAGGGUCGAGAUGAGCCUCAUACAAGUGCUUUCGUAUUCAAGGGUGGCUCGGUGGACGGACAGGGGCUCACGUAUCUUGGGAGAGCAUACAAGGAGUACUCGACUGUAAUAUUUUCCCAGACCUACUUUGGCAGCGACAUUGUCCCUCUGGGUUGGGAUGCUUGGCAUGACCGCGGACAUGAGUAA